AGCCCAUAAGCAACAUGGCCGAGCAGCAAGACCACGUGACGUAAGGUUAUCGGAGUGACAUUGCCAGAAAAAAUAAAUAAUGUUGCUUACAUGCUCCCUAAGCUAUGUAAUGACAGAAAAGAAUUACAUUGUGACCGUAUGUGCAGCGCAGAAUUGUGGAUUGUAUCUUCAUUACCUGUGAUCUUAUCUCCAUCUGUAAAGUUACCGAAAUGAUCCGCAGUUUUUCACCAUGCGCAGCGAGACUGUAAUGCACCAAUCGUCUUUUCUGGCAGCUGAGAGGAAAUUGUAUUGACAUAUGUAAUACAUUAUAUACAAUUUGCAACACAAAGGCAAAAAUAUGUCUUUGAAGUGUCUUCCGAAUUCAGUGAAUGUAUCAGAGAGGGAGUCAAAUCAUAUUCCUACAUUUACUGACCAUUUUCAGGUCCAGGAUCAAUUUGAAUUUGAUGACGUUGCAGUUUACUUCUCAAAGGAUGAGUGGGACUGUCUGAAAGAUGAAGAGAAGGACAUGUAUAAAGACGUCAUGAUGGAGAAUUACCGCACUCUCCGGUCUCUUGGAUGUAUCCAAUGGAAACCUACAAUUAUAGCCAAUUUCGAAAAAGGUGAAGAUCCAUACGUAAGAGGUGACCAGCAACCUUAUACAGAUGUGGUUUCUUUGACAACAAAAAUAGCAGAUGAAUUCUGGAGCGGGAAUAAUCAUGAAGGGCAUAAUACCCUUUCUUUGCCUGAAAAUAUUACUAAUUGCAACAGUAAAAAUAUGUCUGUGACGUACUUUACAUCUAUAAGCGAUACAUGCCAAGAAUUAAAUCUAAUAGGAACCCAUAUAUAUUCACACAGGGUGGAUAGUGAAGAAUAUGCAGAUAUUCAAGUUAAUCAUUUGGAUCAAAAAUAUCCAAAUAUACACAUAAUUCACAAUAAUUUGUCUGAAAUGAGUUAUAAUUUCAAUGAAGUUACAGAAUACUCUGAAUGUUGGUUAUUGUGUACAAUUCACGCAACAGAAUGGCAUUUAAACUGCUCUGAAUGUCAGCGUUGCGUGAAAUACAAUUCAGACUUCAUUAAACAGAAGGAAAUUCAAAAAGUAGAAAAACUAUUUGCUUGUACAGAGUGCGGAAAGUGUUUCAGUCGAGAUGCUAGCCUCGUUAUACAUAAAAGAGUUCACACAGGAGAGAAACCCUUUGCAUGUUCGUAUUGUAUGAAAUGUUUCAUAAGUUAUGGAGAUCUUAAUCGACAUCAGAGAGUUCAUACGGGAGAAAAGCCGUUUGAAUGUUCUGAGUGUAAUAAAUGUUUUUCCAACAGUCCAGAUCUUAUUAGACAUCUCAGGGUUCACACGGGUGAAAAACCGUUUAUUUGUUCUGAAUGUGGUAAAGGGUUUACCUGUAAAUUCACACUUAAUAUACAUCAGAGAAUUCACACCGGAGAAAGACCAUUUUCUUGUAACGAAUGCGGAAAAAGUUUCAUAUGUAAAUCUGCCCUCGGAAUCCACCAGAAAAUCCACAAAGACGAAAAACAAUUUUCAUGUUCUGAAUGUGGAAAAUGCUUUAGCAUGCACUCAUAUCUUGUUAAACAUCAGAGGAUUCAUAUCAAUGAGAAAAAUUUUAUUUGCUCAGAGUGUGGAAAAUCUUUUUUAGAUAAUUCAAAUCUUGUUAAACAUCAAAAGAUUCAUACUGGUCUAAAGCCGUUUUCAUGUAAUGAAUGUGGCAAACAAUUUGGUUUUAAAAGUUAUCUCGUUAAGCACCAGAGACUACACACUGGAGAAAAAACGUGUUCGUUAUGCGGUAAACAUUUUACUACGAACUCGGAUCUUCUUCGACAUCAUAGAGUCCAUACCGGAGAAAAACCUUUUACUUGUUCAGUUUGUGGUAGAAACUUUACUACUAGCUCUAACUGUGUUAAACAUGAGAAAAUUCACAAAAGAAAAAUACAGUUCACGUGUUCUCUUUGUGGACAAACAUUUUCUAAUAAUUUAUCUCUUAAUGAGCAUAUGAGCCUUCAUUCCGGAGAACAGUAAUAUGCAGAAUGGAUUAUAUUAAGUCUACAGGCUUGUGUGCUAUGAACUGUAGUUGUCUUGUCUACAUUGCACAUCUCUGGAUUUUCAUAUAGGAGUGGAGCAAAAUUUAGGAAAAGGGUAUGUGCCCUAUACAUAGUAUAACUGUUAUUUUAAACAAAAAAAAAUAUCUCUCCUAAGUUUACUUAGUAUUUUUAAUAUAUAUAUUUGAAUUAUAUAUGGUUAUGGUUAGAUUCUAUUACACCUGUUUUACUCAAAAUGUAUCUACAGAAGCCCCCCAGAUAUUAAUAUACAAAUAGGUAAUUCCUCCCUCCAUUUAUAAUUUUGUAUGCUUUCUAAAAAUAUGUAAUGUGCAUAUAUAUAUUUA